UCCUGGGCGUCCAUGAAAAACCACCAUUUGAGGAGUGGGAGCUCAAGGUAAAAUAUCUCCUGGGCGACCAUGAAAAACCACCCUCGGCGAGUAGCGGCGCUUGAGCCAAGCUAUUUAGCACUGUACUUGGAGUAAAUGCCAAAGCAGAACCCGUAGCUUCCGGGAAUGAAAGCACACCCAUAUGGAGACACGAGCUAGACGAAAUAGAAGAAUGCGAUCGCCCGAGGAGGGAGCCCCUACUGGAGCUGGUCCUGGAACGGGGGACAGAGUGAGCGGCCAGCGGCUGGAAGAGGAAGUGGUGCAAGAGCGGCCUUCCAGUCAACGGGCACAGCCCGUACCACGAACGCAGAGCAGAAACGGCAGCAAUAGCAAUCACCAAGGCCAUGCUGCACCUGCCAAUGUUGCUGUGGCUGAUCGACGUCAGUCACUCACGUUAGCAGGCGGCCGACGGCAGCGGAUCAUGUGGACGAGGGAGAUGAAUAUGUACGUGAUUCGCUGCUAUUUUGUCUGCACGAGGAUGGAGACGGACAUGUCCGGCAGAUCAGGGAUGCUGGAAAUGUUCAAUGAGAGAUUCCCUUGCUUUGCGAACCAGCUUGACUUGAACAAGCUGUACACACGAAAACGAGCAAUUAUGUCUCAUAAUAUGCUCACAGCUGCAGAAGUGGAGUGCAUCAAGCUGGAAGCGCAGAGGGAAUUGGGAGAGGAGAGGACAAGAUCGAGCGAUACGUCGAGAAGGAGUUCUGAUGGGCUGGAUGCAUCGAACGCGAGUGAGAGUCGUGAUACGACUGCACCCACUGCUACAGGACCAGCAGCGGAUAUGCAACGACAGCAACUACGAGACGAACUAGCGCUCCACAUGACCACAGCAGUCACGCAGUUCCGUGGGACAGACCCCAUGUCCCGGCACCGAAUACAAAAGCUGCGGAAUUCCUAUCGGUUAACAAGUGCAGUAAGCAUCCUAAACCAGGAUAUUUUGCCACAGUACUUGGAGGCCGUACAGCACCUUGAGGAUCUGCAGUUUACGGUGUAUUCAGCUGCGGUGGCUGUUGUCAAGACGCUGGGACUGCGGACGCGCCCGCAAGGCGACGGUGAAGGUCGCACACGCCCCAGCACACAGAAACCCGCGUGGAUGCGACGUUUGGAGAACCGGAUCGCCACAUUGCGGACCAAGAUUGGUCGAUUAACACAGUACAAGCAGGGGAAUCGAUCAACGAGGCUAGUUCGUUAUGUUGCUGAAAUUGUGAAGCCCGCAGAACUCCGAGAUCUCACAGAAGUCAACAUUACGGAGAUCCUCGACACCCAUGUACAGCGGUUGAGUGCUCUUGUGAAACGACUGCGGCGUUAUGGAGAAUGUUCGAAGCGGAAGGAACAAAACCGGAUGUUCAACAUUAACGAAAGAGAGUUCUACAACUGCAUCCGAAACGACAAGCCUGACUAUGGAGAAGGCCUUCCGGAGAUUGGCGAAGUCACACAGUUCUGGGCCAAUCUAUGGGAGAACCCUGUCCAGCACAGCGACGAUGGGAUGUGGUUGGCAGAAGAAGAGCGACAGUGUAAUGGAGUUGGAGACAUGACCGCGGUCGUAGUAACCGCUGAGGAUGUACGCGAGGCUACCCGGUAUACCAGAAAUUGGGCUGCACCAGGACCCGAUUUCGUGCACAAUUUUUGGUAUAAAAAGCUCACGACAAUCCACGGGCGGAUGGCGGAAUGCUUCAACAUGGUGCUAGAAGACCCCACGCAGCUACCAGAGUUCAUUACCAGGGGUAUCACUUAUCUUCUGCCGAAGGACCAAAACACAGCUCAACCAAUUCAACUAUGGCUACCAACCGAAGAGUGGGGAAGGAGUACAAGAAUAACCCACACCUUCUUUAUGGACGACCUGAAGCUGUUUGCGGAAUCAGUACAGAGGCUGCAUCAACUGUUGCAGCAUGUGACGGUGUUCAGCAACGACAUCCGGAUGGAGUUUGGAAUUGACAAAUGUCGGUCAGUCCAUCUUCGCCGGGGUCAAGUAGUGGACGGCAGCUGUUUCCGCGUCAACGAACAGGAGGAGAUUCGGAAUAUGGUUGAAGGCGAAGUGUACAAGUACCUCGGCUUCCUGCAACUUGGAGGUAUCCGCCACACAGCGAUCAAGAAGGAACUGCAGGACAAGUUCUUGCAUCGUGUCAACUGUGUUCUGAGGAGCUUUCUGUCAGCCGGCAACAAGGUGAAGGCGAUCAACACGUUUGCUGUGCCCCUGUUGACCUACAGCUUUGGGGUGGUAAAGUGGACCAAGACUGACCUCGAGGCGUUAGAACGAGCAGUACGAGUGGCGUUCACCAAGCACCGCAUGCGCCAUCCAAAGUCGUCCAUUGAGAGAGUCACCCUGCCACGCGCAGUAGGAGGAAGAGGCGUCACCGAUAUCCAGGCACUAUGUGUCUCCCAGAUCCAGCAGCUGCAGGCAUAUUUCGUAGAAAGCCAGAACCCUCACGAAAUGUACCGCACUGUAUGUGAAGCUGACCACGGUUACAGCGCCCUGCAUCUGGCGCAGGAGGAUUAUCGGCUGAACUGCGACAUCAAGACCGUCGACGAGAUGAUCGUAACGUGGAAGCAAAAGGAGUUGCAUGGGACGCACCCCCAUCAACUGGAACUCGAGCACAUCGAUAAGGCGGCGUCAAACGCGUGGCUGGUGCAGGGUGACCUGUUCUCAGAAACAGAAGGUUUCAUGGUAGCCAUCCAGGACCGGGUAAUUGCGACGAAGAACUAUCGGCGGUACAUAUUGCACGAGGACGUGGAGGACCGUUGUAGGAAGUGUAAUUCAGUAGGGGAAACGAUCGAGCAUGUCGUUGCAGGCUGUUCAGUGUUAGCUGGAUCAGCUUACCUCGAUCGUCACAACGAAGUUGCCAAGAUUGUGCACCAACAGCUUGCUUUAAAGCACAACUUGGUCGACAGAUUUGUACCCUACUACAAGUACCAGCCGGACCCGGUUCUGGAAAAUAGUUGGAUAAAGCUGUACUGGGAUCGCGAGAUCAUUACGGACGUCCUCAUUCGUGCCAACCGGCCUGACAUUGUGGUUUUCGACAAAAGGAUGAAGCGAGUAACUCUCAUCGACAUCGCUGUACCGUUAGACCAUAAUGUCCAAUCAACGUUCUCCGGCAAGAUAACCAAGUACCACGACCUAGCGGAGGAGUUGAAGCAGAUGUGGCACCUGGAGGACGUCCGUAUAGUUCCGGUUGUCCUCUCGGCAACCGGAGUUGUCCCUAAAUCUCUCCUGAGGUCCCUAGACGAGCUGGAAUUGAAGAAGGACCUGAACAGCAUCCUGAAAGCGGUGAUUCUUGGAACCUGUAGUAUAGUUAGGCGGUUCCUGAAUCAUCACAACUGAAAGUACAUCCAAAAGCAGACUCAUUAGGAUAAGCUUUACAAACCGGCUAAUGAGAUCCACAGAGCCUAAUCCCCUUUGGCAUUCCGAUUGCCCGGGGUAGGUGAAAGUUUCCAGCAAUUUUUGCUGAGAA